GGGAUAAUUACUACCUGUCAUAGGUUUUACCUUCAUUUUUUUUAUCAUGGGAAUAUUCUGUGUGUUCAUUGUCGUUGACAAUGUUAAGCCAUUCUCGCUCUUCGAGUCAGGAGAAGACGUUUUAUCCGCGUUGGAGGUGUCUGACUUAAACAUAAAGCAGAGAAAAAUAGAUCAUUAUUCUUCACAACCCUUUCUGAAGCCGACCAUGUCUUUAUUUGAAGUUAUUGUCUGUAAACUUCGGAAAUUCACGUUAUUUAGAAGACUCCGGACAGAAGUCUGCUCAUCCCAACAGAACAAUGUUAGUGAUAAAGGAGCUGUCAAAGAGGUUGCCUUACAACUGAACAGAACUCUAAAGGGUCAGGCAGUGUCUCUGUUACCCAGCAUCCUUAGCGAUCAUUGGAGUAUUGAUGACUGUCGAGAUGCUAUCCUAAGAUGGGCAGACGAAUUGCAACACCUACAGUUAAAGGCAGAGCAGACGCAGGCUGAACCCAACACUUCUUCCAGUACAGCUGCGGAGAGAAGGAUGGUCUCGGCGAGUUCGAGCCCAAACGACCGUGAGGAGGAGAGACUUCGGGAGGCCCAGCUGACCUUAAAACAGUGGGCUAACAGCCUGAAAGCACUUCCUGAGGGUUCUGUGAGUUUGGGGACGGAUGUGGGGGGUGUACUGGAGGAUCUGGACAAGCAAUGGAGGAGGGGGCAGCUGCCCAACAUGCUCCCAGCCCUGGAGGUCAUCGUGAGGAGCGUGAUGCAGAGUCAACAAAGACCAGAGGUUGUCAUCCCUAUGAAGUGGAUCUGUAAACCGAGAAAAAGCUACUCUGGCUGGGGUAACACUGGCUGGAGGCCUUCUUCGCACUCAAGGUUUCUUACAACGUGCAGCUGACUUUCUUUUUCUGUUCCUGAGUUCUUAUGAAUACAACAUCAAAUCUGCUCCUUGCUGCCUCCCACCCUGGACCCUAUGCAGUUUGCAUACCGGUCCAACAGGUCUACAGACGAUGCCAUAGCCCUGACCACGCACACCGCCCUCACCCACCUGGACA